CACAAUAUUUUACAGCAAACACUUUGGUAUUGACGAUCUGAUAACGUGAGGAUACCAGCCACUACCCACGCGCACCGCCGCCCUGACGUCACUGCCAGGAGCUGUCCACGCGGCGGUGGUGCUGAGGCUGAACAAGAUGGCUGUGCGUCGGGGAGCGGAGCGCUGAGAGAGACGGUGGCAGGGGGGGGGGGAAGAGUCUCACAUCCGGACAGACGCGCCAUUAAAAUAGACCGUUGGAGCGGUUCCCCGUCCAAGGUGUGCGGACGGUUGUUUUUGGAGCCGCGAGCGUCACGAGCCGCGCCAGGCUCCGGCUCUGCAUCACGACGGCUGACUUGUCCAUCUCCUGGCCAGCGGCUCUCUCCCAGGCUGCACAGCCACUGCACAGAUUAGCUCAGUGAAGGAAGCUGGUGAAGGAAGCUGGACCCCGCGCGAAAGGAGCACAUAAGACAUGUCAUUGCUGUGUGUUGGAGUGAAGAAAGCCAAGCUCGAUGGACCCCAAGAGAAAUUUAAUACAUACGUGACCCUGAAGGUGCAGAAUGUUAAGAGCACAACCAUCGCAGUGCGCGGCAGUCAGCCGUGCUGGGAGCAGGACUUCAUGUUUGAAAUAAAUCGCCUGGAUCUGGGCCUCACAGUGGAGGUGUGGAAUAAAGGGCUGAUCUGGGACACCAUGGUGGGCACCUUAUGGAUCCCGCUGCACAGCAUAAGGCAGUCCAAUGAGGAGGGUCCAGGUCAGUGGCUGACGCUGGACUCCAAUGUGAUCAUGGCUGAGAACGAGAUCUGUGGAACCAAAGACCCGACCUUUCACAGGCUGCUGCUCGACACACGCUUUGAACUGCCACUAGACAUUCCAGAGGAAGAGGCCAGAUACUGGGCCAAGAAACUUGAACAACUUAAUGCCAUGAGAGAUCAAGAUUACGCCUCUCAGGAGGAGCAGGAGCGACCGCUACAUGCGCCAUCCACACAGUGCUGUAAUUGGAGUCUGUGGGGAGAUCAACAAAACGAGGACCAAGACAGCGCUGUGGAUGACAGGGACAGCGACUACCGCAGUGAGACCAGCAACAGCAUCCCGCCGCCAUUCUACACCACGUCUCAGCCCAACGCUUCCAUGCACCAGUAUCCCAUGAGAAACCAGCACUAUAGACAAUCCUACAGCGAGGAAAUCCACGAGCUGGACUAUGACCACAGAGCCAUGAGACACUAUGAUAGUUUAGACUCAGCCACCAACGGGCGCAGCGAUAUCGACUCAGGCUCAGGGUCGAGCCGGCGCACCAGUCGUCAGUAUUCUCUAGACAGUAGGCAUUCACUGUCCGAUAGUCCCACGGACAGUCGUUAUGCCUCAUCGGGCGAGUUGAGUCGAGGCAGCUCGCAGCUCAGUGAGGAGUUUGUUCCUGAGGAUGGCGGGAGCUUGCGAGGUUCAGAGUUCUACGAUGAAAACGACUCCUACCAUUCCUGCCACUCCUCGGUCAGCUACGGCAAAGAGGAUUCCCCGGGCUGGGAUGGUGAAGACCCCCAAGGCGUGUACAGCGACGAGGGAGGCUAUGUCAAAGACGGUGGGGAGGAGGGGGCGCUGUACAAUGAAAAUGAGGGAGACAUUUACGACGGGGAAGUCGAGUACAACUACGAAGAUGAGGAGGAGAUGCCGUAUGAGGAGGACGAAGAUAUGUAUCCACUCGAUGGCACGCUCACUGAAUUCCAGGAACCGCCCUACACCCCCACACCCACAAGCACUGCCCCCACCCAGAUGCCACCCUCUGAUGAUCAGUCCUCACCCAGGCCACCGCUGGAGAAGCAGGCGUCACUGCAUCAGCAGCACCCGGCCCAUGAUCAGCUCCAGCCACAGGGCACAGCUCCUGGUCUACCUCCAGUCUCACAGGACGACGUGCUGCCACCUUUCAGUUCAGAAUUCACUAAAGCCCCUCCAGCACUCUUACAGCCAGAGGUGUCCACCACCACCACCACCACCACCACCACAUCCACCCCCACAACUUCAUUCCGGGUUCCAGCUCCAGACUCCAAGCCCUUGGAGCCUGAGCACAAAUCUGAGGCACCACUGGAGGAACCACUACCCUCUGAGCAGCCUCCGGCAGCAGAAGGCCUCCCUCCAGCUCCUGCAGAGAAAACCGAGGAGCCUCCUGUUCCAAGCUUCCCAAGGAGAGAACUCAUGGAACCUGGUCCUGCCAGAGCCAAAGCCAACUGGCUUCGACUUUUCAGCAGAGUGCGACUACAGCUGCAAGAGGCCCGAGGAGAAAGUGUUGGCAUCGCCUCUCUGCUUUUAUCAGCGGGAAUGGGUGGCGCUCUGUACAGCAUUGACAGCAUGCCAGACCUCAGGAAGAGGAAAGCUAUGCCCCUGGUCAGAGAUCUUGCUAUGUCUUUGGUUCAGAACUCCAGGAAAGCAGGCAUCACUUCGGCCCUGACGUCCAGCACGCUCCAUAAUGAAGAACUGAAGAGUCACGUCUAUAAGAAGACUCUGCAGGCCCUCAUAUAUCCCAUCUCCUGCACCACCCCUCAUAAUUUCGAGGUGUGGACGGCCACCACCCCCACCUACUGCUACGAGUGCGAGGGACUGCUGUGGGGCAUUGCUCGCCAGGGCAUGCGCUGUACCGAGUGCGGAGUCAAGUGCCACGAAAAGUGCCAAGAUCUCCUCAACGCUGACUGUCUGCAAAGGGCAGCGGAGAAGAGCUCCAAACAUGGUGCGGAGGACCGAACGCAGAACAUCAUCAUGGUACUUAAGGACCGCAUGAAGAUCCGCGAGAGAAACAAACCAGAGAUCUUUGAACUCAUUCAGGAAGUGUUCACCGCCCCCAAGACCACCCACGUCACCCAAAUGAAGCAGAUCAAGCAGAGCGUGCUCGAUGGCACCUCUAAAUGGUCGGCCAAGAUCUGCAUCACAGUGCUGUGUGCCCAGGGUCUACAAGCCAAGGAUAAAACUGGUUCCAGUGAUCCUUAUGUCACUGUCCAGGUGGGAAAGACCAAAAAGAGGACAAAGACCAUCUACGGCAACCUCAACCCUGUCUGGGAGGAGACCUUUAAUUUUGAGUGUCACAACUCCUCCGAUCGCAUCAAGGUGCGGGUGUGGGACGAGGACGAUGAUAUUAAGUCACGCGUGAAGCAGAAGUUCAAGAGGGAAUCUGACGACUUCCUCGGUCAAACCAUCAUCGAAGUCCGCACUCUGAGCGGAGAGAUGGACGUCUGGUACAAUCUCGACAAGCGCACAGACAAAUCAGCCGUAUCGGGGGCUAUUCGCAUGCACAUUAAUGUAGAGAUCAAAGGAGAGGAGACGGUCGCCCCGUAUCACGUCCAGUACACCUGUUUGCAUGAGAACCUCUUCCAUUAUGUGACCGACAUCCAGAACACCGGUGUGGUAAAGAUCCCCGAUGCCAAAGGGGAUGACGCCUGGAAAGUUUACUUUGAGGAGACUCCCCAGGAGAUCGUAGAUGAGUUUGCCAUGCGUUAUGGAGUGGAGUCCAUCUACCAGGCGAUGACCCACUUUGCCUGUCUGUCAUCCAAGUACAUGUGCCCAGGUGUGCCCGCGGUGAUGAGCACCCUGCUGGCUAACAUCAAUGCCUACUAUGCCCACACCACCCAGGCAACGAACAACGUCUCUGCCUCUGACCGCUUUGCUGCUUCUAACUUUGGGAAAGAGCGAUUUGUCAAGCUUCUAGAUCAGCUGCACAACUCUCUGAGGAUCGACCUGUCCAUGUACCGGAACAACUUCCCAGCCAGCAGCCCUGAGAGACUGCAGGACCUCAAGUCCACGGUGGACCUCCUCACCAGUAUCACCUUCUUCAGAAUGAAGGUCCAGGAACUCCAGUCUCCGCCCAGAGCCAGUCAGGUAGUGAAAGACUGCGUCAAAGCCUGUCUCAACUCCACCUACGAGUACAUCUUCAAUAACUGUCACGAGCUCUACAGCCGCGAGUAUCAGACAGACCCGGCCAAGCAGGGCGCCGUGCCUCCAGAGGAGCAGGGACCAAGCAUCAAGAAUCUGGACUUCUGGUCCAAACUCAUCACACUUAUUGUCUCCAUCAUCGAGGAAGACAAGAACUCCUACACUCCCUGCCUCAACCAGUUUCCCCAGGAGCUUAACGUGGGUAAAAUCAGUGCAGAAGUGAUGUGGAACCUGUUUGCUCAGGAUAUGAAAUAUGCAAUGGAGGAGCAUGAAAAAAAUCGCUUGUGCAAGAGUGCAGAUUACAUGAACCUGCACUUCAAGGUCAAAUGGCUGUACAACGAGUACUGCAAAGACCUGCCCUUCUUCAAGAGCAGAGUGCCUGAAUAUCCUGCGUGGUUCGAGCCAUUUGUCAUCCAGUGGCUGGAUGAAAAUGAGGAAGUGUCUCGAGACUUUCUGCAUGGUGCUUUGGAAAGAGACAAAAAAGAUGGGUUCCAGGUCACAUCCGAACACGCUCUGUUCUCCUGUUCGGUGGUGGAUGUGUUUUCCCAGCUCAACCAGAGCUUUGAGAUCAUCAGAAAGCUGGAGUGUCCAGAUCCACAGAUUGUAGGACACUACAUGAAGCGAUUCGCCAAGACCAUCAGCAAUGUACUUCUGUCCUAUGCUGAUAUAAUCUCCAAGGUGUUUGCCAACUAUGUCACCAUGGAGAAAGUGCCCUGCAUCCUGAUCAACAACAUCCAGCAGCUGAGAGUUCAACUCGAGAAAAUGUUUGAAGCAAUGGGUGGAAAAGAUCUGUGUGUGGAAGCCAGCGAUAUCCUGAAAGACCUGCAGGUGAAGCUCAACAACGUUAUGGAUGAUCUCAGCAGGGUCUUUUCUGUCAGUUUCCAGCCUCAUAUUGAGGAGAACGUAAAGCAGAUGGGAGACAUCUUGGCCCAGGUGAAGGGAACUUCCAAUGUCGGAAAUGCCAGCAGCGUAGCACAGGAUGCUGACAACGUCCUGCAGCCCAUCAUGGAGUUCCUGGACAGCAACCUGACCCUGUUUGCUAAGAUCUGUGAGAAGACUGUGCUGAAGCGUGUGUUGAAGGAGCUGUGGAAGCUGGUGAUGAACACCAUGGAGAAGACCAUUGUCCUGCCGCCACUCACGGACCAAACGAUGAUUGGGAGGCUGAAGAAUGCUUCUCACAGUGAUGGCACUCAGCUCAUCUUUAACGCUGCCAAGGAGCUGGGACAGCUGUCCAAGCUGAAGGAGCACAUGGUUCGUGAGGAGGCCAAGGCGCUCUCACCUAAGCAGUGUGCGGUGAUAGAGCUCGCUCUCGACACCAUCAAGCAAUACUUCCAUGCUGGUGGUGUGGGCCUGAAGAAGACUUUCCUGGAGAAGAGUCCUGACCUCCUGUCUCUCCACUACGCCUUGUCCCUCUACACGCAGGCCACCGACAAACUCAUUAAGACCUUUGUCCAGUCACAGAACGCACAAGUGUUCGGCGGGAAGGGGGUGAGGUUCACCACUAGUGAGGAUGUUUACCCAGACAAGGGCUCUGGGGUGGACGAUGCCGUGGGAGAGGUGUCCAUCCAUGUGGAGAUUUUUACUCACCCCAACACCGGGGAGCACAAGGUCACAGUGAAAGUCGUGGCUGCCAACGACCUGAGGUGGCAGACGCAGGGAAUUUUCCGUCCCUUUGUGGAGGUCUAUAUCAUCGGCCCUCACCUCAGCGACAAAAAGAGGAAGUACGCCACCAAGUCGAAGAACAACAGCUGGGCUCCCAAAUACAACGAGACCUUCACUUUCACCCUGAGCAGCGAGGUGGGUCCCGAGUGCUACGAGCUGCAGGUGUGUGUGAAGGACUACUGCUUCGCCCGAGAGGACCGCACCGUGGGCAUGGCCGUCCUGCAGCUGAAAGACAUGGCCUCCAAAGGCAGCGUCGCCUGCUGGCUGCCACUGGGCAAACGCAUCCACAUGGACGAAACGGGCCUCACAGUCCUGCGCAUCCUCUCCCAGCGCAACAACGACGACGUGGCCAAGGAGUUCGUCAAGCUCAAGUCCGACCAGCGCUCUGCCGAGGAGGGCCGCAGUUAAGAGGGCAAAAACCGGACCUAAAUCAGAUGUCACCACUUGCUGCACUUGGAGCUCUCGCAAGCCCCUGCUAGCCACUGCCCUGAUGAUCCAGUGUUGUUAAAGCACAGAUAAGACAGUCACCACACACCCAGUGCUGUAAAUACAUUCAUUUCAGUGGAAAGGACAUACAGUAGUGCCAAGCAAAGAAUCACGUUGAUUUUCCUCCCAAAAAAAGCAAAAAGCACCAGUGUUUUCAUCGACCUUCUUGAGGAUUAGCACAUACACUUUAAUCGUAGAGCAUAUAACUACAUUCCUCUUUCUGUAGAGGUGAGUCAUGCCAUUCAUGCUAUUCCGUAACCACUGGCGUGACUACCCACAGCCCCACCCUACCAGAUCCUCUCCUCCCUUCUCCGGCCUGCACCCGCUCAGAGAGGGGACCGCAAGUGCCAGCAGAUGUCCUGAGACCAGCCCAAAGCACAACAGGACCAACUGACCCAUAAACAACAACAGCGGCUCAAACAUUCCAGAUAUUGUGGAGGGGAACAAAUAUUCUAAACAGAGCACUAUUUAGUUAUGGUACUUUUAAUAUUUGUUUACUGCUUUCUUCCAAAUUAUAUUUCUAUAAUGAUUCUAUCAUCACAAAUAUAGUAUAAUAUAUGAAGGGCAUACUUUAUGUAGAUAGACGGGGUUAUUCCAUGGACGUGAGCUACUUGUCUGUCUUUUUGUCUAUCAACCCUGUAACAGCACACUGCCUGUCACCCUCAAUGCCUUCUGUCUUGUUGACCCUCGUACAGUAUGUCCGUCUCCUGUACAGCGACUGUAUAGAGAGAUGAAUCUGAUGAAAACACACCUUCAGGCACUGUGAUUCAUCGGAGUAUACGCGUGUGAGAAUGAACAUAUAUUCUGCUUUUGAGCACGUGCGAAGCUCGUAAUAUGCGAGUGCGUUUGUAAUAAGUUCUACUGUUGACCUCAUGUAGCCGCCCCUGUUGCCUGUUACCUGCAAAUGUAAUCACAAAGCCAUCGCAAACAAAGAACAUCACACAGAGAGGGGCUUUUCAUAUUCUGGCUGGAGGUUUUUUCUCCCUAGUGUUUUUUACUUUGGGGAUGAUAAAUCUUUCGCCAUCAGAUGGUUAUUCCAUCUCCUUUGUCUUACUGUCAGCAUUCCAUAACGACACAGCCCUGAACUGGGUGUGUGUGAGAGAGGAGCAGAGUAGAAGAAGAAAAACUCACCUCCUCCUCUUGAAAAGAAAAACAAGUUGCCAAAUCAAGAUCAGCAAGAUAAAAACAAAUCCCUGAGACCCUGUUUUGCAAAAGCAACAUCCCGUGGGUUCCAAAACCCAACCCACUGCGCCCCAGGGAGAGCACAAAUCGCUAAUGAUCUACUAACCAUCUUUCCCUAAUGAUGCCGCCGCAGGUGUUGUAACCCAAUCACCGAUAUUGAGCAGUCAGACCUCUGCCAAAGGGCUGUUGGUCCAGACCACGCCAGGUCUGGCACUAAACACUUAAAAGAGGGCCUUCAGUUUCAGUCUGUUUCUGGAAUCAGUGCAGGGAAUAGAGGUGUAGAAUGAAGAUUUAGAAGCACAAGGACUGCACCCAUUUCAACACAUUUAUACUGAUAUUGUCCUUCAUUGAUUGUUCAUGAAAUCACAGGAAUUACACACCAACUUCAUGUGGAACUAGAUGUAUUCAAAUGGCCACUGACUGUCCAGCAUGUCACUUCUUUUUUCACCGAAUGCCCCUUUUUUUAAACAAACAAAAAAAAAAAGAAUUGCCUGUAUGAGGUUUAUAUGCUU